GUAAGUCUAUACGUACUGCACCAUUUCCUGGCUCAGUGUGCUCCAGCGUUGCAGGCUGUGUGCAGUGGGGGAGGUGCCAGAGCUGAUCAAGCAGUGUAAUUUUAUACAUUACUGAAUCAGUGCAGGAGAAACCUGGAGGGACAAAGCAUCAUCUUCUCUUUGGACUGCACUGUAAAAUCCUACAGCUCUCUUAUCCCAGCCAUGCUCUGAUACGUUUUUUCUCUCCUUUUUCUGAUUUUGGUGUGAAUGAUAAGUGAUCUGAUGAUGGCUCUCGUUAUGGAACCUAUUAGCAAGUGGAUGCCCAAGCAAGUAGUGGAUUGGAUGAAAGGCCUUGAUGAUUGCCUCCAACAAUACAUAAAAAAUUUUGAAAGAGAAAAGAUCAGUGGUGAACAGCUGCUACACAUCACUCAUCAAGAGCUUGAGGAACUGGGAGUUACUCGCAUUGGCCACCAAGAACUGAUACUGGAAGCAGUUGAUCUGCUAUGUGCAUUGAACUAUGGUUUGGAGACUGAAAAUCUGAGAACUCUCUCUCACAAGCUGAAUGCCUCGGCCAAAAAUCUUCAGAAUUUUAUAACGGGUAGAAGGAGGAGUGGCCAUUAUGAUGGCAGGGCCUCCAGACGACUGCCAAAUGAUUUUCUUACCUCUGUAGUUGACCUGAUUGGUGCUGCCAAGAACUUACUAGCCUGGCUGGACAGGUCUCCAUUUGUCAGUGUGACAGAAUACUCACUGCUGAAAAACAACAUUGUUCAACUGUGCCUGGAACUAACAACCAUUGUACAACAGGAUUGUACAGUGUAUGAAACAGAAAACAAAAUACUUCACGUGUGUAAAACCUUGUCUGGAAUUUGUGACCACAUCAUUUCACUCUCAUCUGAUUCUCUGGUGUCACAGUCAGCACAUCUAGAGGUAGUUCAUCUCACCAGCAUUAUGCCCAGUGAAGGUUUGGGGAUGUAUAUCAAAUCAACAUAUGAUGGGCUGCAUGUAAUCACAGGAACAACUGAAAAUUCUCCUGCUGACCAGUGUAAGAAAAUCCAUGCUGGCGAUGAGGUGAUUCAAGUCAAUCAUCAAACUGUGGUUGGCUGGCAGUUAAAGAACCUGGUAAAUGCAUUGCGGGAAGACCCAAAUGGCGUGAUUUUAACCUUGAAAAAACGUCCUCAGAAUACCCUGGUUUCUGCGCCUGCCCUUUUGAAGAAUGUCAGGUGGAAGCCUCUUGCACUUCAGCCUGUAAUUCCAACCAGCCCAACAAGCAGUUCCACAACACCAACAAGUACAAUGGGCAUGUCCUCCAAAAUGGAAAACUCAGCACUUCAGGAUGUUUACAUUCUUUCUCCAAUGUCAGGACUUUAUGACCCCAGGGAUGAAAUUGGCAUAAUGUCUUGUGAUGACAUCAGCAAGUUUGGAAAAUCUGCAAUGAAAGGCUCUGAGUCUCCAAAUUAUUUUCUUGAGCAUGAAAGUGGUAAAUACUACACAUUGAUUGAAGGUGAAGGCCACCCUAUAGGCUCUGACUAUGAGAGAAGCAGAGCUGCAGGGGUGCGGAGAAGAGAAAAAACACCCACUCAUGGUGAUUUAAGACCUGUUUCAAUGCCUUCUGACUACAGUUGGAUAGGGGAAUCAAAGGAACAAAACAUAUACAAGAGAGGAAGCCGUGGUGAAAAUUCACUUCUGCGGUACCUGAGUGAUGAUAAGAUAUUGGUUAUCCAAGAAGAGCCUUUGACACAGAAAGACAGCAAAAGGGACACAGGUCGUAGGUCAAGAAAAAAAGGCAAAAGUGCAAGCAGUCCAAACUAUCCUAUUAGUCCAUCUAUGUUGACAUCUACUGUUAACGUUAGGCUUGAACCAGGACAGCAAGAUAUCUUGAAUUUCGCACUAGCAGAAAAUAAUACAGUUCCACUUUACCACAGAGCAGGGGACACAGUCAGUGGAGAUACUGAAAGAUAUGCUAGUUCUGCCAUUGAUCGUCAAGGAAGUACAUCCAUGAGGAAGUCAUUCCAUUACGCUUCUCUCAGGGUAAAAUCCAGAAAAUGGUCAAAAGGGAGCUCUCUGACGAGUGGAAGUAGAAGACGAAUUUCUUGCAAAGAUUUGGGGCAUGGAGAUUGUGAAGGCUGGCUGUGGAAGAAAAAGGAUGCCAAAGGUUACUUCACACAGAAAUGGAAAAAGUACUGGUUUAUUUUGAAGGAUUCUUCCUUAUACUGGUACACAAACCAGAAUGAUGAAAAAGCAGAAGGAUUCAUUAGCUUGCCUGAGUUCAGGAUAGACAGAGCAGUUGAAUGCAGAAGAAAACAUGCCUUCAAAGCAUGUCACCCCAAAAUAAAGAGUUUCUACUUUGCAACAGACUGUCUUGAAGAAAUGAAUAGAUGGAUGAAUCGUCUGGGCCUCGCAGCAAUUGGUUACACACCUGAUGACAAGGAUAUUCAUCCUGAUGAAGAUUACUGGAGUGAAAGCGACCAGGAUGAUGUUGAUGGCUCUUUAACCCUGAAGCAGGAAGGCUCCUCAACACUGUGUGACACCUAUCACCGAACACCUUCAGUGACUUCAUCAAGUCCAUUCCCUGAAGCAAAACAUGGACGACACUUUUCAAGUGAAUCAACAUAUUCCCAUUCAUCUGCUGAAGAUUCUCGACAAGAGGUAGCAGGAAGCACACAUUCAUCAGGAUGCAGACCUCCCUACCGAGAAAGACGCUCAUGGCAGGAUCUGAUAGAGACUCCAUUAACCAGUUCAGGGCUUCAUUUUCUCCAAACUGUUCCUCCUGAUCCAGAAUACGUGAGUGGUCAGCCUGGAAUGUCACCAGAAAGACGAAGACAAGCAACAUUGCCAGUACAAAAGCGUCAUAAUUAUGAACAGGAUGGGCCUUUCCCUUUAGUGGAAUGUCAGAGAGGACAUAGUUCUCAGAGCAGGCCACAGAAGCAACGUAGUCAAAGCCUUCCACGAAAUAGAGACGUCAGGGGUAAAGGGCGUGUGAAGUCCAUAGAAGGAACAGAGGACAACUUGGAAGAGAAAAUUCCUAUUAGAAGGCAUAACAGCUUUUGUGCAGAAGAAGGCAAAAAAGAAACUGGAGAAAAGUUAGAUGGCCUACAAGAGCUUUAUAAGUCUCUGGAACAAGCUAGUUUGUCAGCUUUUGGAGAACAGCGCCCUUCCACCAAGCAGGAGUUUCGCAAGUCUUUUGUAAAGCGAUGUAAUGAUCCAGUUAUCAAUGAAAAGCUUCACCACAUCAGAGUACUCAAGAGCACUUUAAAGGCAAAGGAAGGGGACCUCACAGUCAUCAACAGCCUUCUGGAUGAUCCCAACUUAACAUCAAAGAAGUUUAAAGAUUGGAAACUAAAGAACUAUGAGUUUUUCCUGGACAUUUGUGAGUACAGUGCUGCACUGAAAUCUCAAAAUGGAGCCUCUGAACUUGCAACCUCAGCACCAAUGCUGACACAUACACAUUCAUUCAUUGAAACUCACGUCUGACAGGACUCGUAUCAUGAAUAAUUGCUGGGUGCCAUGAAAAAUCAGUAAGACAAACACUGUAAUAUUUAUAAAUAAUGUGCUCAGCAGUACUGUAAAUAAGUUGGAUAAGAGAAUAGUGCCACAGGAUGCCUACUACAUUGCAUGAUAAGACAAUAAUAUUCUUUAUUUUUUUUUUUGUUUGCUAUUAUCAACCAAUGUCCGUAUAAAGCUCUGCAUUAGAAAGAAGCCGUGCAGAAGUGUAAGUGAAAACAAACACCAGUAUAUUUAAAGUACUGUACUAAAAUCAAGCUUCUAGUAUGAGCUCCUGCAAUCAUUUUAUAUAUUUAGAUAUAUUUAAAUAUAUCUAUGUAUAUAAAACGUAACACGAUAGUUGGUAUUUACUUUUUAAAUGCUCUACAGUUCACAUUUUCAUGUUUUUCUUGAGAAAAAUAUAAAAUGAAAACAUAAAGACAUUGGACACUCUUAGAGAUGAACAAUUAUUUCUGCUACAUUUCCAAGUAGUGACCAUCUUUGCAAAUAAAAGGACAGAUUUAUCAAAAUGUAAACUCAAUCCCUAUAGUGUGCCUUAAAAUGUACACUGUACAUCUAGCAAAUAGAUCCCAAUCUGGCCCUAUGGGCAUACAGUAUAUGCCAUUUAGAUACUGUGUUUGUAAAAUACUGUGCCUGCCUUUAAAAUGAAUGAAUAUAAGUGUGUAGGUGUGGCACAGAAGUUGAGAUAUGAGUAGAACAAUAUUGGUUGUUCACUAAUGCUGCAACUUAUGCUGCUUUUAACAUAAUUUGAAAUAUUUCAUGGUGAAAGAAAAACAUCUGCACUGAAUAUGGCACAUUCUGCAGGUUUUCAUAGUUUCUUCACUGUGAAUUUAAGUGACGCAUGCCUGUGAGUCACACAAUUCAAAAAAGCUCUGAUGCUUCAAGGAUAAGUAUUAAGUAAAAGAAAUCAAAAACUGAACCAAUCAAUUGGAUUCUGCAAUAGACCUGGCAGCUGAAGUGGAGUAAAUUAUUCAAAAUUAUAAUAAUGUCUGGCAAUAAUUUUUAACUGUUAGUAGUACAUCAGCAAGCGGGUGAAGUUAUUCAUUACAUCACUUGAAAAAAAACAGUCUGUAUUGAUUGGUUUUGUAAAGACACACAGGUCACAUCAUAUAUUUCACUUCCUUGCUUGGAUCAGAAUGAAUCAGAGUUUGGAGAAAAUACUUGCGUUCUUGAAAAAAGGAUUGCUCUGAAUGUUACUGAACAUAAGUUUCCAACACAGAUUCACAGUUUUCUUUGACUACGCUUGCUAGAAUAUUUCUAGUGAGCAGGACAAAGGAGAUGUGAAUUCAGUUGAUGUCAUUUUACUUAAAUACAGAUAUUCACUGAUAAUUUUCCACUAUAUAAACCUAUCUCUCAUGUACCAAGAACUGUAAAAUUCAUACAAUUCAAUAUAACAUAGGAAAAAAAUGUUAUCUCAAAGAGGUUCUGGUGUCCAGAAAGAAGUAUUCACAAAUACUUAAAAAUGUAGAAAUGAGUAGAGGUAUUCUGUUUGUUUAGGACAGUGUCCAUUAAGCAGCUGUGGCAAGAUAACAGGACACAGGGAGAAAAGCUCGCGGGUCAGAAUAAAGACAGAAAAAUCACUCUCAGCAAUUAUAGACUCAGCUUGUGGAAAACUACUUAAAUUAAUUGUUCAUUAAAAAUAGAGCAAAAUAAUGAGCAGCAAAGACAAAAUUAAAACCACCUACCCCCACGCUGACCCCUUCUACAAAGGCUCAACUUAAUUCCUUUCCUGGCUCUUCUGUCUCCUACCACUCUGCUCCGCAUAAGGAUAGGGAAUGGAAGGCUGUGGUCAGUCUAUAACAUUCCAUCCCUGCCACUCUUUCUGCCUCACCCCAUAUUCCUCUGCUCCAGCAUGGUACCACUCCCAAAGAUACAGUCCUUGAUCAGCUUCCAGUAUGCGUCCUUCCCAUGGGCUGCAGUUCUUCCAGAACUACUCCAGGGUGAGUCCAUUCUGUGAGACGCAGUCCUUCAGGAGCUCAUUGCUCCUGCUUGUUUCCCUCAGGCUCCUUUGUGGGCUCUCCACAGGCUGCAUCCUUCAUCAAGGCACAUCCAUCCACUGCCCCCAGUGCUCCUCCACAGGAUGCAGGAGAAUCUUUGCUCUGGUGCCUAAGAACAUCCCUCUGCUCUUCCUCCUCUGAUCUUGGUAUCUGCAGAUUUGUCUCUUUGAUUUUUCUCACUCUCUUGCAAAUGGUGCACAGCAUUUUUUGUCCUAUCUUAAAUAUGAUAUCUGCUUUGCUGAUGGUUGAGCUUUGGCCAGUGGUGGGGCUUUUCUGGAGGUGGGCAGAAAGGUUCUGUCCUACAUGAGGACAGCCCCUUGCUCUGUUCUCACACAGCCACUCCUGCAGCCUUUCUAUUACCAAAACCUUGCCCUCUCAACUCAAUAUAGCCCUGAAGAAACACAACUCAGAUUUGAUUUUUAUUAUCAUUUUCUUUGGCAUUUAUUUGAACCACAGUGGGUACAAUCUAGAAUAGUACGAGAUGUUAUUAGUAGGGAUCUGUUACUUGACAGCUGUUUUGAGUUCUUAUCACAGAAGCAGCUGAGUCAGAGCAUCACUGCAGCAAAUACAUUUGGAUAGAACAUACAACAUGAAGGCAUAUUUGACAUGCUUUAGCAAAUUAACUAUAGACUUGAGAGUCACUGAAAACAGUGGCUCCUUACAUGGAUGCAUCAGAGUGGAACAGGAUCACGUUAUACAUAUCAUACUGAAUAUUAAGCAUACACUGAAGUCUCUAAUAAAAAAAACAUACAGGAAAUAGAGAACAACAGUUUGUCAUAAAAAUUGGAGUUGCAGUAUUCAUGCAAAAUGAAAAACUCUGUUUAAACAUAUUUACUAUGUGAAUGCUAUAGUUACUGAAUAACUGAAUAGCAAAAGAAUUAACAGAGGCAAUUUAUCUAAGUUUUUUCAUAGCAGAUCUCUGAAAGAUAUUUCACUAUUUUUAAUACCAUCCUUCAUCUAAUAUGGAAUAAAUAAUAAGCACUGAUGCAAGGAAAUGCACAAAUUAUACAAACUGUUUAUAAACCAAUUCAUUAUGUAUAAGCGGUGAUAGAUGGUCACCAAACUAAGUAGAUCAAUCUUUCUAUAUUCAAAAACAAAUGUAAAGUUUGUAAGAUUUAAGUAGUAUUGCUUGUACUUUAUAGCAAGCAAAAUCUAAUUUUAAAUUAAACAACACAAAUAUUUUGUUCUUUCACAAAGGCUAGCUGACAAGGAUUUUUACAUACUUCUUGCAUGCAUACUCAACUCCAUACUAAAGCUCUUCCUUCCUCACCACUAGUUUCUUCUCUCUGCAUCUAAGUACUAAUCCAGCUGAACUACAGAAAUCAAUGCAUAAAGUCAUCAUAGAGCAAUUAUUUCAAAUUUCAUGAUCUUCAAAAUGACCUUAAUAAAAGAGCAAUAAAGAUAUUGUAUCUAAAAUCCAUGUACCAAAUCCAAAUAAGUCAGUUUCUCCUGGACCCAAAGGUACUCUAACUCUGUACAAUGCAGCUGAAUAGCUGUGAUUACAUAAUGUUUUUAAAUUAGGAAAAAAACGUUUGCUGUUGAGUUCUUUAAGGGAAAUAAGCAGCAUCAGUAGAAUACAUUUAUUAGCAUAAUAGACAAAACAAAAACUGGUUCUUACCAUAUAUAACUACAUGAAAAGAUGUUUUGGAUGUGUAUUAUUUACCCAGAUUGAAGUAAGCCAACUUAGUGUCUUCAGUCAGAAUUCCUGCCAUACUUUUUUUUUUUAAGCUGCAGGAGAAACGUCUCUCCAUCAUCACUCUCUGUGACUUCACAAGCUUACUCUUUUUGUUUUUAACAUACAUUUCUAUAUAACUGAUUUAAUGCUUGCAAUAAAUCACUGAUUCCCCUUCUUUUUAAUAUACUGUUCUGUAUCAUGUUAGGCAACGACUUUCCUGAAUUUAGUCUUAAUAUCAAUAAGAAUAAUCAAAAGAGGAGGAGGUACUUAUCAGUCUGUGUCCCCAAAUUCUUUCACAGAAAUAAAACUGUGAAAAUACUUGCUCCAUACUCGAAGGCAGGACAGGUAGGAUUCUGUUUGUCCUCACCGAACUCAGCCUGUGUUGUAUUGUGCAGGGAAUCUGUAUCCUCCACAAAAAAGUCAGUUGCUUUACUUCACUGGCAAAACCCAUCUUACAGCAUCUUCUGCUUUCUCAAACACAUCCCGAGCACUUCUUGCUCUGCAUUACAUUUUAGUGCCAUAAGGAGAGACUGAUCAAUUGCUACUAAAAGGUAUUGGAGGAUGUGAUUUGAUGCCUUUUCCAAGCAGGGAAUUCUGAAUGUGAUCAGUCAGUUUAUUCUCAGAUCCAGACUGCUAUCUUUUCAGCUGGUAAUGUGCUGCGCUACUUGCUUUUUCCAAGGAAAAAGAAAAAUGUGUUGCAGAGAAUUGCUAGAUGUGUGUCUUGCUAAAUUCUUACUGUCAUCAGCAAUUACAGCUUUCCAGACCAAAAUAAUUAUUCAAUUCAAAGUUCAGUGAAGGAUUGCAAAGGUAACUUUGAAGGGGUUACUUCACUGAUGCACUGAGAAUUGCUCAGAAAAAUCUGUUUAUAGUACACAGAAGUUCCUGUAGCAUAUUGUUAAAACAAUGUAGCAUCUUGGUUUCACAAUGGAUUGUUUAUUUCUGCUUAAUUUUUCAAAUAGGGAAAUCAAACAGAAGGGCAUAAGUGCUCCAAAAGUAAUGCCUACUAUUUAUUUCCAUGAAAAAGACAACGAAGAGUACAAUAAGAUUAUUUGAUAGAGAAAAUGCUCAGCUACAAAACAGUUUUUCAACACCAUUAGCCGAUUCGUGCAGAUGAACUGGUGAGGGCGCUCUUCAUCUUGUGGUGUGACAGCUGUGCGUGGCCAUCCAGAACAGGGCUUGUUUUUCAUACUGCUGUCACUGCUGCUGACAUGCACCACCCACUGCCUCACUGUGCUCACAUCCACUCCUCGAUCUCCAGAAUAUUCAGUGUCAGUGAACAUCAACACGUGUAAUUCUUUCCACAUGGAGGAAUUCAAUUCCACACCUUUACUUCAUAGUCAAUUCCUUACCAGACUUCUUUUAUUCAAACUGCCCCUGACUGCUGCCAUCUGUCGCACAGCAACAAAAUGUAACAGACUAUUGGUGGGAAGGUUCAAUUUCUGCCAUCCCACCAACAUCUGCUUCUGACAUUGUGGGCCAGCAUAAUAAAAUAGGAGGCAUUACUUUUGGAGCAGCUCUUGUAGUAAUGCCUUUUUGUCUGUAGGUUAAAUUCAUAGAAGAGUGCAGAUCUGCAGGCCUUAGACCACUGAGCUUAAGAUCUCCUUAGAGAUAAUAAGCACUCUUCCCUGUUGCCAGAUGAUGUUUAUUAAUAAUUAUUUACAAAAAUCUUCAAUAAUGUGACAGACUCAAGAAGCAAUAUUAUCUAAUUAAUUUAUAGUAACAAGUUCCCUUUUUCCUUCUAGAAUGUUUCCCUCAUUAAAGCUAAGAUUCAGAUCAGCUUUUUCAGGCAGGCUACUCUUGGGACAGGUUCCCCCAUCUCUUAUUUACAGCAAGUGGCUGUGGCUCUCAGUGGCUGUUAACUCAGCAUGCAUCUGAAAAUCAAACCUGAGACAUAUUAUCAGCUAAUGAACGGAAAGUACACCGUUGUUUCGAACAAAAACAAGUAAGUUGUAUUUUCUUAGUUGAGUUUAAAAUAUUUAUUUACUCCUAUUAUGUAUAAAUAUAGUAUUUUUUUCUGAACAGUUCCAUUCACUAUGUGUAGGCAGGUGACUACUCUUGGUAUUGUUCUUGAUAUAUACUUGAAAAACCAUUUGUUUAAGAUUAAUUUCUAUGCUUUACAGCUUAUGCCAUACUUGCAUACUUAGACUGAGGUCUAUAAAGAAUAUAGUUUAAGCUUUUAGCAGUUUCAGUUUUGGGGGCUGUUUCUUUUGUUUGUUUGUUCAGUUUGUUUGUUUGUUUUGAGAUAGCUGAUAUUCUAGUGGGACCUAGUGUUAAUAAAAGUAUAAACAGUUUUCAGGAAGACACUGCCCAUCAUUAUCUUUAAGAACCAUAUUCAUUAUUAUCAGACAUAUAUAGUGUGUUUAUUUUUAUCACAUGCAUACAACGGUUAAUGUGACAAUUAGAGAUUUUGCUGUAUGCAUUAAUGCCACUGUAUGAGCAGAAUUUGAAAGAAAGCAAUGUUGAAGGAAUUAAAAAAUAUGUCAACAAAUUGCUCUUUGACCAGAAAGGUCCACUAACUUCUGUCCUCACAUUUCUAGAAUAUUACUCAUUCUCAGGCAUUAGUGAGGGUAUCAAUACAGAUCUUUUUACUAACUGUAAAUGUAUCUGUCUGAAUGCUGCAGUUUAAAUAAGAAUGCCACAUUAUACAUAUUAACUCUAUUGCGUUUUUUUGCUGGCAACCACAAAGGAAAUGUCUUAAGAAAACUUGUUCACUGGCCAAAAUAACAUCAAAGGCCUCGUUACCAGUUAAGACUUUUGUUUUAUUGAGAAACAAGGUUUUCAAUUUAAAAAUCUGAAAUGGAAACAGGUUAGAGUAUAGAAGAAAUGCACUAGUAUUAAUAAACUUUUUACAUUUGACACAUACUGUAUUACAAAGACAAUAUCCUUGCAAGAGCAUUAAUUGCUGGGCCAUAGGUGACUUCUGUCUAGUUUACUAAAGUAGCUAAUAAAACUUGUAUAGAGAGCCUUUUAUAGAUAAUGCUUACAUGUAUGAAAAUGUAUGACACUCUUGUACUAUGGCUUGCACUUUACUUGCAUUAAACUGUGAAGUAGGCUGUAGUAAUGUCUUUGUAUAUUCAGGGGUUGAAAUACCAAAGCACUAGAGUAUUGUACUGCUGGUGUUCAACCUGUACUGUUAAUUAAAUCUGAACGUGCUGAUAACAUGUACUUUGAAAACCCCACUAACUUAAAAUCUUCAGCAAAUAAUGCUAUGGGGUCUCCAUGGUCUUUGUUUCUUUGUAAAUAUAAACAUUCUUACUGUUUCCGUAGCAAUAGGAGGUUAUGAACCAAACUUUCAAUAGGACUGUUUUCAAUAACAAAAAAAUCUAUAGCGCCUUGUAUAAAACUCAUGGAGACUCCAUGACCUGUGGGCAUUUUUUGUUUACAAGCAGUAUGUAUAUAAGUAUUAGCGGCAGAACUGUUAUUUAUCACAAAGUUAUGUUGUGGUUGAUUCUUUCUAAAGUAAAUAUGUGUUUUAUGUCAUGAAAAAUAAGUAUUUUUAGUAAGAGCCAUCUUGAAAAGUUUGAAGCAUCAAAGCUUCAAAUACUCGGAAUCUUCCAUGUUUCAGCCUUUUUUUCCAAACUGUGAGAUGAACUGAGAGGUCACGGUAAACCAUCUGUCCAUGCCAGGGAAGGUGUCUGAGUUGUAUCACGGUUUGUGACAUUCUGCAACUUUUCUCUAAUUACCAUCUUGCUUAAACGCUUUUAUGAGCAGAUGCUCUACCGAUACCAUAGUAAAGUCCUUCAGCUCAAUGAACAGAGAGAGAAAAAUAACUGCUCUAACUGGACGCAUACAGGUUAGGCUAGGUUUCAACCCCUGGAUAAUACAGUAUUCUUUGGUUUCACAACAGUAUUUUUAAUUUUAUACUUGUCUAUGUUGAGAGAUGAUCCAGUAGUUUAUAUAGGCAGUGAACAUUAGAUUUCUUUUUUUCCUCUUCUCAGAUGACUUCUGUGUGAACUACUGUAAUUGGCUGCGUUUUUCUAUCACAGAUUAACUUGUUAACUUUUUGUGUGUCUACAAUGAAAAUUUAUGAAUGGAAAACUUCACUGUGUGUUGCUCACUGGGCAUAUACCUCAUGGUACAUUGCACAGACGUGUAAGUUGUAAGUUGCACUGCAACAUUAAAAAAGGAACAUAUUGCUCUUUUUUCAAAGAUAUUAACUUAUUUAAGAGAUAUAGCGUGUACAUUAUUAAAAAGAACAUUUAUUCUUCCUAAAUUCAAACAAAGCUUUUGUUUUGGGGGGGAGAAAAAAAAAAAGUUGUAAACUUCAGUUGUAAAUUUGGACUUCAAUAAACGGAAUUAUCUGCA